AAAAAAUUUAUGCAGUGAGGAAGAUCAGUGAGGACGGUGGGGUUGAAGGGUUUAAACAUGGCGACCAAUGUAUUGAGAACGGUAUUAAAAAAAUCUGGACCGUUUAUUAAUGAUGGAAAAAUAUUGUUGCAGAAUCCAGGUCGUCUGUCUCUUCUCACCCAAAAGAAAUAUGCUGGUACUUGGUAUCCAGACAGAGAAUGGAUGAGACAAUUCAAUGGACCAGUAUUGUACCCCAGUGACGGUGUACAGUGGGAUUACCAACCACCAAUAGACCUUCCGGUGGUACUGGAGAAAAAUGUCAGAAACACCCGAAUCAAUUUCGGUCCCCAACAUCCAGCAGCUCACGGUGUACUCCGUUUGGUGCUCGAGCUAGAAGGAGAGUAUGUCAAAGCUGCUGAUCCUCACAUUGGAUUACUUCACCGUGGAACUGAGAAGCUUAUUGAGUAUAAAACGUACAUGCAGGCUCUGCCGUACUUUGAUCGGUUGGACUACGUAUCUAUGAUGUGCAAUGAGCAGGCUUUCUCGCUUGCCAUUGAAAAAUUACUGAACAUUGAUAUUCCAUUGAGAGCUAAAUAUAUUAGAACGCUCUUUGCUGAAAUAACACGUAUCUUGAACCACAUCAUGGGAAUCGGAACCCACGCAUUGGAUAUCGGAGCUUUGACACCGUUUUUCUGGCUAUUCGAAGAACGUGAGAAGCUUAUGGAGUUCUACGAACGUGUAAGUGGUGCUCGUAUGCACGCAGCUUAUGUUCGUCCCGGAGGAGUUUCUCAGGAUCUACCACUGGGUAUUAUGGACGAUAUUUAUCAAUGGGCAGCUCAGUACGGUGCUCAGAUUGACCAAGUCGAGGACUUACUGUCACGAAAUGCCAUUUGGAAAGAACGAACAAUGGGUAUUGGAGUUGUUACUGCUCAGCAAGCGUUAGACUGGGGAUUCAGCGGUGUCAUGCUUCGGGGUUCUGGAUACAAGUGGGAUAUUCGUAAGUCUGAGCCUUACGAUGCAUACCAUCUUGUUGACUUUGAUGUACCAAUUGGAAUCUCUGGAGAUUGUUAUGACAGAUACUUGUGUCGUGUUGAAGAAAUGCGUCAAUCACUCCGUAUUAUUGAGCAGUGCUUAAAUCAAAUGCCUGCUGGUGAAAUAAAAGUAGAUGACAACAAAAUCGUACCCCCAAGUCGCAGUGAAAUGAAAACAAGCAUGGAGUCGUUGAUCCAUCACUUCAAAUUAUACAGCCAGGGCUUCCAAGUCCCACCGGGUGCAACCUACACGGCCAUUGAAGCACCCAAAGGUGAAUUCGGAGUUUAUCUCGUAAGUGACGGUAGCAGUAAGCCAUACAGGUGUAAAAUAAAGGCGCCCGGAUUCGCUCAUCUAGCAGCUUUACAAGAACUCGGACCGAAACAUUUCCUAGCUGAUAUAGUUGCCAUUAUCGGUACUAUGGAUGUUGUAUUCGGUGAAAUUGAUCGAUAAUAACUUUCUUCUGUUAUUAUAUAUUAUUAGUGAUCAAUCUGACUUGUAAAUUAUCGCUCUCAUUAUUAAACGUCAUAGGUGUAAAUUAAAUAAAAUUUAUUAAUUAUAAAUAUAAUUAUAUUUAAGUCGAUACUUUUUAUCUUCAACUCCAAUAAAGUUUAUUUAAUCUCUCUAAAUAUUGGUUAGUCAAAAAGUUUAUUUUCUUUUUGGGUUUUGGUUGAAUGUCACUUCGAUUUUCCUGUUUGAUUUUUAUUUUUAUUUUUUAUGUCUAGAAUAAAAUAUUACUUAUAAUUUGAACGUUAAUAUUUUUUACUUAGAUUGCAAUCAUUAUAUUUUUAAACAAGUAUCUCCUAUCAUGAAAGGUCAGUGAGAUAAUCUAGAAAAAAACUAGUUGUAAUAACAUCAAUUAAUACAUCUUUAUCGUAGUCUGAAAUUGAUAUUAAACUUUUUAUGUAAAACUA